UAUUAGGAUGUCAUUCAGUGCAUUUGUGCAAAGUGCAUGAGAUGGAGUGCGAUGUGGAGCGCAUGAGUAGAAAAGCGUAUUCGGUUUUCUGCUGAAAAAGACGGAAUGCGGAUCGACCCGCACUAUGCUAAAUGAGGUUGCUGUCGUGAUAAAAAAUCGUUAGCUUCGAUGGACUCGGCUAAGAAGCCGGAGUCGAAGAGAUCUUACAUCUUAAUCGAUGGUAAUUACGAGCGAAAUUCGAAGAACAUGGUGAUCACGCACACCAAAAGCCACCCGAGUGGCCGAUCGUCGAGCUGUUUACGCAAGUAUCGGCUGCUCUUCGCCUUCGGUAUUACCGUAUUGUGUGUUCAGAUCUACCUACACACAUUUUUUGUUCUGGAUAAUGACGAAAGCAAAUCCAAUCGACUGUCGUCCGGAGAGGGCGGUUCUUCUCAACCUGAAGAAGAUGAAGGCUUGCCAAAAGGUUUACGUCAACUAAAACUUCCACCCGAUAAGCAGACAAACUUAAAUAAGCAAACACUGCAAUCUCAACUAAGAAAUCGCACCGCCAAAAUAAAACUAGAUCGUAAAUCAUUAAAUUUUACACCCAUGUGUGAAGUUAUGGUCAAAGAGGCAGUGAGUGCUGUAACGCGUGCUCAGAGUCAAGCAUGCAAGCAACGCAUUGUCAAUGUGACGUGCCUUAACCAGCAGGGUUUAUUGUACCCAGAAAGAGUACAAUCUUUGUGUCCUCAUUCUCCAGGUUUUACAGGCAUGCCGACCAACUUAGGCUGCUUUAAAGAUGAUAAGACAUUGAGAGUGCUUUCUGGUUAUUAUCAUGUCUUUAAAGGGAACAAUACGCCUGAGCGUUGCGCUUAUAUGUGUCUUCAAUCGGGAUUUCCGUAUGCUGGUACAGAGUACUCGAUGGAAUGUUUUUGUGGAAUGGAAGAACCACUACAAACAAAACGAUUACCAGAUUCUAGUUGUAACAUGAAGUGUUCCGGCAAUCCGAAACAGACAUGCGGUGGUUAUUUAACGAUUAAUAUAUACUGGACUGGAAUUCAAAAAUUUAAAGCUCAAGAGCCAAGAAAUUCGAGUUUAAAAAAUGAACUUGAGCGACCCGUACGAAUAGCCUAUCUGCUGACUGUGAAUGGUAGAGCGAGUCGGCAAGUGAAGCGACUUAUCAGUAUUUUAUAUCAUUCGUCGCAUUUAUUUUAUAUUCACGUUGAUGCGAGACAAGAUUAUUUAUACCGCGAAAUGUUGGAGGUGGAGAAAUCCUGUAAAUUAAAAAAUAUCAAAGUAGCAAGAGGUGAAGGGUUGCGGCAUGCGAGUAUUUGGGGAGGUGCGAGUCUUUUGACGACAUUUUUGAAAUCUGCGCAACAGAUGCUCGCUUAUCAUCACCAUUGGGAUUUUCUUGUAAAUUUAUCGGAGUCCGAUUUUCCUUUGAAAAGCAACAAUCAACUAGUUGAGUUCCUGAGUUGGAACAAAGGCAUGAACUUCGCAAAGUCACAUGGAAGAGAAGUUCAGCGUUUCAUAGCAAAACAAGGUCUAGAUAAGACUUUCGUUGAAUGCGAGGCACGCAUGUGGCGAAUCGGUGAUCGCAAAUUACCAGAUGGUAUUCAAAUCGACGGUGGUAGCGAUUGGUUUGCUCUGAGUCGAGAUUUUGUCGAGUAUGUUGCCGAUGCGAAUCCCGAUUCACUGGUAACUAAUUUGUCGAAAUUGUUCAAAUACACUUUACUGCCAGCUGAAUCGUUUUUUCAUACUAUUUUGAGAAAUUCGCGAUUCUGCAACACUUACAUAGAUAAUAAUCUGCACAUGACUAACUGGAAGAGGAAAUUGGGCUGCAAGUGUCAAUAUAAGGCCGUUGUUGAUUGGUGUGGGUGCAGUCCAAAUGACUUUAAGCUCGAGGACUUUAACCGGUUACGAAACACUGUGGAUCGCAAUAUAUUCUUUGCUCGUAAAUUUGAACCUGUUAUCGAUCAUCGAAUUAUAGACCGCGUAGAGGAAUGGCUGUACCCCGACAGAGCGAAUAAAACGAUCAAAGUGAGGGGCUACGAUGCAUACUGGCAAAGUCUGUAUCAUCACGCGGACUUGAGCCCGUUACCGGAUGAUGCAUUACUAACACUUUCGUAUUCUUUGGCGAGACUGGUUUACCAUAAAUUAAAGAUGAGUUACAGGAAUAUCCAUUUAUUGGAAAAUACUGUAUAUUUUCGCGAGAAUCGAUUCAUCGGUAUAUUGAUUCUCGCGGAAAGUAGAGACGAAUUUUCCGAUGUGUCCGCACUAACUAAUAAUCAUGGAAGACGCGUGGAAGCUUCAAUUUCUAUGCGAUAUAACUUUUCCGCCAAUAGAUCAUGGUCGGGAUUAUGGUUUGGAAAAAUACGAAAUCUCUCUGUGAAUACGGAUUAUGAUCAAAAAGAACAAACGUUUAGGAACUUGAUGGGUAGCAUAGGACCGUAUUCGAGUCCAAUAUUGGCUUACGAGUUUGAUGCUGGUAUAACAGUGCCACAAAAUAUAUCAGUUUUAUGGAUUGAUCCGCAUGGCCGCCUUGCUGAUGUGAAUCAUAUAUUGCUAGAGGAGUUGGCUUUGGUAGGACAUAUUAAGCCACAGCUGAAUGAACAAUUGGUCGUUGGUACCUGGCGAUUGUUGUUAGUUGCUGACACUCAACUAAUAGCAAAACUAAAAUUUCUAGUGAUUCCAUUGACUUAUUGGAAGAACAAGAAGAUAGAGUCCGAAAAGGCCAGGGAGAUAAUAGAUGGUCCAAGCACCGUUUACCAUGUUACUGAAGAAAUGAACAAAAGUUGGUCAAAGUUAGUGCAAUCCGCAAUGGCGAAUGAGCAGAUAACACAAAGUCAAAACAGGAUCGGUAAAGACCUUGAGGAUUGGUUGGACAAAUUAGUAUACGAGCACUACAAAAUCAAUGAAAUAUGUGAUGCUGACAAUGAAAUUCGGACUGAAUCCAAGUUACAAAAGUGUAUCGAUACUCAUUGGAGCUCUUUGAGCCCUGAUUCAAAGGCUGAUACCAGUAACCUAUGUCAAAACUAUUAAUUAACUAUUUUACCAACUAUGUGCCAUUUUCGCCGUUUUGAAACUUAUUGUACGUGUGUAUAAAAAUUACAAAACGUCUUUAGAUAUUUUUAUAACAAUUAAAUUGUACAUAUACUUGUGGUAUUUAUAAG